AAAUGUCGGUGCGAAGUGAAGCUUGGUCGACCCAGGAAGUGCAGACCUUCCUGGGUAUCAUCAGCGAGGAAAGGGUGCAAAGGGAACUCGAUGGCAUGGUGAGAAACGAAAAAGUGUUCCAGUAUGUUUCUGAGAGGAUGGCUGAAGAGGGGUUCCAACGGACGCCCGAGCAGUGCCGCGUUAAAUGCAAGAAGCUGCGGAGCGAAUACCGUAAGGUGAAAGACCACAACAGCCGGAGUGGUGUAAACAGAAAGAACUGGAAAUGGUUCGAUAUGUUGGACGCUAUCUAUGGACACAGACCCGCGAAUUUGGGAAGAGGAGGCGGCGUCGAUACGGCAACGUCUCUGCUGGAGUCAAUGAUGGAGUCUGCCGCUGAGGAUCCUAUCAGUCAGGAGGAAACCACAGAGGAACUGUCCACCUUUGAGAACUUGCCUGCAACUUCGAGUUCGCUUGCAAGUACACCGACAUCACCAGAAUCGACGCCAUCGCCUGCGAGAGCACCCCGUUGUACGCCCAUCAGCAAGAGAAAAAGGGGUCAGCAGGAUGUUGCUGCAGCCCUGUUGGAGAUGCAGGCCGCUGAUGAGAGGCAGCAGGACUGGCAAGAGAGGAUGGAGGAGCGUCGUGACCGACGUUUUGAGUUGAUGCUGGAGGAGGCCCAUGAGGCAAGGCGGCAUGAGGCCGAACUCACCCGGCAACACAUGGAGCAGACUGAAAGCUUCAAUCAGGCCUUCCUCAGCACACUUGGUCAGCUGGUGCAGGUGUUGAGCAGCAGCAGCCGUGAUCCUGUGCCUCCAUCCAGCCACUAGUUGUUGUUACACAGCUCAUUGUUUUGUAGCACUUGUUUUACUUUUUUCAAAUUAAAUAAUUUUUCCAUUA